GGGGGGAGCGCCUCCCACGGACACGCCGUGCUCCUUAUCAAUAUCCUUAUUGGCUGAGCCGAGCCCACAGCGACCAUGAGGCUGCUGCUGAUCCUCAGUGCCCUCCUGGGGGCCUGCCUGGGCCUGGAGACCUUCGAGGGGCACCAAGUUCUCCGCAUCAACCCCAAAAAUGAGGAGCAGCUCGGGCAGCUGCAGUUCCUGGAGUCGCUGGAGCACCUCGAGCUGGAUUUCUGGAUAAGCCCCUCCGCCCCCGCCCUCCCCGUGGACGUGAGAAUUCCUGCCGGCAGCCUCCAGCCGGUCAAAGCCUUCCUGGAAUCCCAGGGGAUCGGCUAUUCCAUCCUGAUCGAGGACCUGCAGGAUAUUCUGGACAAGGAAAAGCAGGACAUGGCUGAGAGCGCCCAGAGGGAGCGAAGCGCCAGCUUCGACUUCGGCUCCUACCACACCCUGGAUGAUAUUUAUGCGGAGCUGGACCACCUUGCCUCUGAGCACAGCUUCGUGGAGAAGAUCCAGAUCGGGGAGUCCUACGAGAAGCGUCCCCUGUAUGCCCUCAAGUUCAGCACCGGCGGCUCCGCCCGCCCGGCCAUCUGGCUCGACGCCGGCAUCCACUCCCGCGAGUGGGUCACCCAGGCCAGCGCCCUCUGGAUCGCCAACCAGAUUGCCUCCGGCUACGGAACAGACUCCUUUGUCACCUCCCUGCUGGACAAGAUGGACCUUUUCCUGCUGCCAGUGGCCAACCCUGACGGCUUUGUGUACACCCACACCUCGAACCGCAUGUGGAGGAAGACGCGCUCCAAGAACCCGGGCAGCGUGUGCUUCGGCGUGGAUCCCAACAGGAACUGGGACGCAGGCUUUGGAGGUCCCGGGGCCAGCAACAAGCCCUGCUCCGACUCCUACCACGGCCCCAGCGCCAACUCCGAGGUGGAGGUCAGAUCUGUCGCUGACUUCAUCAAGAACCACGGCAACUUCAAGGCCUUCCUGACCCUGCACAGCUACUCCCAGCUCCUGAUGUAUCCCUACGGAUACAAGUGCACCAGGCCCAACGACUACGCCGAGCUGGAGUCCCUGGGAAGAGCCGCUGCCAACGCCAUCAAAUCCGUGUACGGCACCACCUUCCAAGUGGGGCCCAUCUGCACCACCAUCUACCAGGCCAGCGGGGGCAGCAUCGACUGGGCCUACGACCAGGGCAUCAAAUACUCCUUCGCCUUCGAGCUGCGGGACACGGGGCGCUACGGGUUCCUGCUGCCCGCCAACCAGAUCGUCCCCGCCGCCACCGAGACCUGGAUGGGCCUCAGGAAGAUCAUGGAGCACGUCCUGAAGAAGCAGCCCUAAGAGCCGGCGGUCAGCAGAGCGCUCUCCCCUCGGCCGGGACGGUGCAGAUGA